AUGGUCAUCAAGGAGUAUGUGACCUACAACCAGGUCCACAAACUAUGUCAAGAGGCAGCUCCCCGGAUCCUGCAAGACUUCCAGCCUCAGUUAAUGAUCGCCAUCGGCGGUGGCGGCUACGUCCCCGCGCGAAUCCUGCGAUCAUUCCUCAAGCAACCCGGCGCACCCAACAUCCCCAUCCAAGCCAUCGGAUUAUCGCUCUACGAAGAUCUGCCCUCUACAACUCCCUCAGGCCUUAGCACGCCCGGUGGUGAAGUAGAGGCACCAGGGACGAAAGUCACACGCACGCAAUGGUUGGACCUGACGAGUUUGGGGGAGAUGGAGAACCUAGUCGGGAAGCGGAUAUUGAUCGUCGAUGAGGUGGACGAUACGAGGACGACACUGGAAUAUGCGGUCAAGGAGUUGGAGAAAGACGUAGAGAUUGCAAGCCAGAAGUUGGGUUUUAAAGGCGAGAAAACCAUAUUCUCGAUAUUUGUCUUGCACAACAAGAAUAAGGAGAAGAAGGGAACGCUGCCAGAGGAUAUGUUAAGGGAUCAUAGGUAUUUGGCUGCGAGAACGGUGGAAGAUGUGUGGAUUUGCUAUCCUUGGGAGGCUAAAGAUAUAGAUGCGCAUGAUGAGCUCGCGAAGACGCAGGCUGUUGGGAGUUAA